AUGACUUCGAAGAGGAUCUCGAGCCGGACUUAUAAGACGCGAGCCCUCAAUGCGGUUCCAGUCAGCACGGUCGCUCCACCGUUCAAGGACACCACAGAAGCAGGAGUUUCCGCCAAUCCCACCAUGCAAGCAUCUCAUAAACAAUCCAAUAACUCAACUUCUAUGUUUGUGCAAUCUUUCUUGAAUUCCAAGAAAGGUGAUGAAGUGAUCGGACUUCAUCGCAUUAAGCAAUAUCUCGUAAAGUAUGGCUAUCUGAGUCCGUCCCAUGUUCACACCGAUACAAACAAUGAGGGAAAUUUCGAUGAUGCCCUAGAGGCAGCAGUGAAGAAAUACCAGUCAGGGACACGAUCAGAUGUCAUUGCCCAGAUAUGGAUCGCGUUGGCUACAUGGGACAUGGUGAGUCCAUUGACAUUCGUUGACCGCAGUAAUGACUUCUCCAAUGCUGACUUGAAAUUUAGGUUCUUUCAAAGAGAACAUGGAGAUGGUCAUCCCUUUGAUGGACCCGGUAAGGUAUUGGCUCACGCUUUUUAUCCACCUAAUGGUGAGAUUCAUUUUGAUGCAGACGAAAAUUUGGUGGUCGGGGAAGUGCCCGAUGGAAUAGACAUUUCUAGUUUGGCGCUACAUGAACUAGGCCACGCUAUUGGACUUGUGCAUAGUAACGUUGAAUCUUCUAUCAUGUGGCCAUAUAUGUCGCCGGGUAUUGUAAAAGGUCUACAUCCUGAUGAUGUUCUCGCAAUGAGGGCAUUGUAUCCUUUUUAA